GGCGUCCUCACUCAAGAAACGGAUCGAAAUGUUACCAUUUUUGGAAGACAGUAUGUUGCAGCUUCCUAUGUUAAGUUUAUAGAGUCUGCGGGAGGAAGAAUGGUACCUAUUUUGUAUCCUUUGCAAAUAUUAUAUUUCGCAGUUUUAUACCAUAUUUAUUAUACAUUAUAAAUAUUAUAUUUUGCAACUAUAUAUUAUUAUUAUCAUCAUCAUCAUCUUAAACUAUAACAAAAUUCUCUAACCUGAUUGGCUGUCGGCAGCCUUGCUUUCAGCAUCACGAGGUGUAUAAAUAGGACAGUACUCGUCAUACCUAAAGUAAUUGGACAGUGUGCGUCAUCUCGCGCGCGCACUUGGAUCUCUUCUUUCUUCCUUUUUUUUCCCCACUUAUAGCAGGAAACAAAAAACUCUCUCUCUUUUAAUUUUAAGAAAGCUUAAACUAUCACAAAUUUUGUUAAAGUUAUUAAAAAGUUGCCACAGAAAUCUAAUGUACAUGUAUAAGACUCUAGAAUUUGACGUGGUGGGCGAACGUCCCGCUAAAAAGUCUAUCUAGAUCAGCUGAUCAGUAUACUUAAAAGAGUAAGAACAUUGCCUCACCUCAAAUCGCAGCCCAUAUUUUCUGAACUUUCCUAAAUGGAACGGCGCGGACCAUUUGAUUUUCCAACCAGAAUCUCCGGUUUUCCCAUGUAAAUGGUUAGUAUCCUUGAUAUAGACCAAUCCAUUCUAGCUUGUUACAAAAUCGGUCAGUGUAAAACGCAGACUGCGGACUAUUGUUUUCACCAUGCAAAUGAGAACGUGACAACAAUAGUCCCAUUGUUUUCUAACCCUAAAAACAGUAGUCCGGGGUCAGUCCGAAGUCUGCAUUUUACACUGCCCCGUUACAAAAUAGGGACGGACUGGACCUUUUCAAAGCAAGUCAUUUAUAAUGUACCCUCUUGCUUCAGUUUGCUGGGCUAUGAGGCUUAGAGUCUGGUUGCCGACACACAGAGUCGAGCGGACGUUUUACUGACCCUCUACGGCGUAGAUAUUGACGGUAUUAACGUGCUGCUAAAAGAAGAUCGUUAAUAAAUGAGCGAAACAGAAUGGUGCCCAGUAUGCUCCCUUGGGGUACACCGGGAUCCGGCUAUGUGCAUACUGUGCGCGUUCACUUAUAGAUACAGCUGUACUUGAGUAGUUAGUCAAAUUUGAUUGAUGAUAGUCCACACAGGUUCAGUUUCGUUAAAGGCAGACCAUGGUCUAAAAAUAAUUUCUUUAUACUGAUAAUCAUCAACCCGGACGCUCUUUUUGUAUCCAAGGUAAGGUGCAACAAAUCAACUAGACGAAUAAGGCUGUAAUUCUCUUAUACUUAACAUUGAACUGAAAUGUCAGUAAUUAAAACAGUUUUAAUUCUUAGCUAUUUACUACAGCAUAAAUGCUUCCGAUGAAGAGGUUGAAAAACUUUUUAACAACAUAAAUGGGUGAGUACUAGACAAAAAGGUAAUUAAACUGAAUAUGGUACUUGCUUAGUUUUACGAAGACCAUAAGUUUCAGGAAGGGAUUUGCUUCAAUUGAGUUUCCUAAACCUCAAACCGUUUCUUUUUGAAUCUCUGAUUUAACUUUUUAGAGCCAUUUUCCCUGGAGGGCAUAGACUUCUGCAUCGCACAAAUUAUACAAGAGUAGGGAAAAAGAUAUUUGAUCUGGCUAUAAAGGUACGCUUUAGGAAAACAUCAUCACGUAUUCCAACUCAACCUUGUCCCUAAACGCUUUUUUUCUUCCUGCCUCAGUAGGGAGCUUAAGCAACAACGACGGCUUCGGCUACGAAAACGUCACUUAAAAAGUGAAUUCGGGCGAGAAAGACAAGAGUAUCUGCCCGAGAGACCCAUGAAAAUUGUUCUUACUUGCUUUCUUAGAGUGCGGAAAAUUCCUAUUGGUUAAGAGGCUCCCGAGGAGAUAAGUGUUCGCGUUAGGCGAGAAAACUGUCAAUCAAAGAAAACACGAGAUCGUUUGCAAACAUGUAGUACUGUACAUGGACAAGACAAUGAAGGUAUUAUAUUACACCAUUAAAUGAUAUAAUCGAAGAUCAGUUCUUUCAGCUCACUUCAAUGGGACUUUAUGACUGUAAUCUUAAAGAACAGUUGGAGUGUUCAAAUGGUAUUUACAAAGUAAAUACGUAUUUAUAGCAGAAGCGGCUGCGGACAAAAGAUUUUUCGAAACGUUGAAAUAAAGAUCAGAGGAAAUAUUCGUUGUUCAAAACGAACUUGGCGGCUUGCAUUGUCGGUGGAACGCAUACCAUAAAGACCUGGACCCGGGGACCUCGACAGGAUUGACGGAAUGAAACACUUACCAGGGGCAUUAAAAACUUUUGGCUAUUGUUAUCAUUUGCACGAAGACGUUUUUAUAGGCUACAGUAACGAGACAUUAACAUCAGUCGUCAGGUCGCAUUCCAGUCUGAAUGAUAUCAUAAUCAAUAAGAAAAGGUUUUUUGAAAACAAGCCCCUAGUUUUUUUUUUCCUUCAUCAAUCCUGUCCAGGUCUUGAUGUGUGCGUUCCAUCGACAAUGCAAGCCGUUCUGAAAGAACAAAGAAUAUUUCUUCUGAUCUUGAUUUCAACGAUUCGACAAAUCUUUUGUCUGCCACCGCUUCUGGGUAUUUGAUGUUAAAUCGCUCCUUUGAACACUCCAACUUUUCUUUGAGAUUACAGCGACAUUGUCCCAUUGAAUUAGUGACCUCCAAGAUCUGAUCUUCGAUUAUAACACUUAGUGGUGUAAUACAUGACCUUCACUGCCUUGUCCAUGUACAGUACUACAUGUUUAUAACAAGCUUGUGUUUUCUUUGAUUGACGGUUUUCUCGCCUAACGCGAACACUUAUCCCUCGGGAGCCUCUUAACCAAUAGGAAUUUUCCGCACUCUCAGAAAGCGAAUUAAAACGGUUUUCAUGGGCCUCUCGGGCAGGCCCUCCCACUUCCCUCACGUGUCUCCCUCGCGCGUCCCGUUCUUUCUUGCGCCCAUUGCUUCCAAGCCCCUGCUACGCAGGCUAGCGAUGACUGUUUUCGUAAGGGUAAAAUGGGUCUGUUGAUUGUGUUUUUAGCCAGUUUAUGGCGUUUUGCGCCUGACUACUGUAGCACUCCUACUAAUGCGUAAUCUAAAUUCCUUUGAAGGCUUUUGACAAAGGUGACGUGUUUCCCAUCUGGGCAGAAUGCCUUGGUCUUGAACUGGUUUCAAUCUUAGUUGGCAAAGGAAAUAUGCAAUUAGGACAACUUGACACCAAGUUGUUCUCUCCAGUCGAUGCAGCGAACAUCAGCCUUCCUCUCAUUUUCCCCAAAGGUAUGUUUAGGUAUAACAAGGUACAUCCCUUAUAGGAACCACCUAAAGUUGCGGUUAGAGAGCGAGGGAAGGAGGGCAACGUUAUCUUUACAGCAUUUGCUGGUUACAUCAGUUAUAUUGGGAAAGUUAGAUGUCAAGCAAUGCUCGAGAACAGAAAGCAAACAUCUUUAAAGGCCAGGAUUGUUCGCUUUUUAAAAUCAUGUAUUUUUACGGCGGUUAUUUUACAUUAAAACAAAACUGAGCACUUAAUUUGAGUGCCAAGGUGUUUAGCACAAAAAUACUAAUUGGAGACACCAUUUUUACGUCUCCAACUACAGACGGGACUUCCAUUUUACAAGGUCAUCCGAACCACGCGAAGGUCUAGCCGCUUGCAGUGUAUGAGAAGUAUAUUCAUUUCUCAGUUAUUUUAACACCCUGAGUAUUGGUCCGACCCAGGAAAUCGAACUCGCGACCUUCCACUCUACAGUCAAGCGCUCCACCGACUGAGCUAAUCCUGCCGCGGUUAAUAAAUUGAAUUGUUUCAACCUCCUUUGGGACACUUCGCUGAUGUCAAUUUAGUUAGAACCUUUACGGAUGAGCUUCACCUAUCCGAGCCGUCGUUUGUCGGUUCUGGAUUUUUUUUUUACUGAAAAUCACACUGUAUGACAGCAGACGCCUGAUACCGGGACGUUGAUAUGGAGAGAUGGAUUUGCUGGGUUUACUAGGCCUACAGGGGGGCGGAAUAAAACGAAAGUAAUGCAAUUUUAGCCUGCAUCACUGAUUAACAGCCGAUGAGAAGACCCCCAUUCAGUAUCGUUGUGAGAUGCGUUGACACGUUGAGAAUAGUUUUGCCUCGUUUUAACUCUGUUGGGAUAACUCGUGCAAAAACAACUUCCUUUACACGUUUUAUAAUCCCAGAUGACUAGCAGGGUCUGAUCUGAUUUUCUCUUUAAGAUACAGGUACGAAUAAAUAACGCGAAUUUGCAUCUCAAGGAACCUGUACUACUUUCGCUUUAACAAACCAUGAAUACAUCCUCUCCUGAUGUUUCUAUUUACAGACUAUAGCAGCGCUACCAUGUGGGAAGAUGCUCCACCUCAUAUUGUAAAUUACCUACGGGGAAACGCAGUGUCAUACAACAACCACAAAAAAGCAGUCACGCCCAAGGUGAAGAAAAAUCUAAUAAAUGAAUAUACAACUUUACUUAUCAAACUUCAAUCGUUGUUUUUUCUGUUAGUAAGACAGUCUGUUUGACUAGUUUUAAAAAGGAUCUAGUACAACCCUUUCACUCUACACAUAUUAUUACUAACUUCUCCCUUUAAGAACUAGGGUUAGGGUCAAGAGAUUUAUCGUUUCAUAUUAGUAUAGAACAACUCAGAGAGGAUUAAAAAAUGUGCAGACCUUUGCUCGCGGGAGAAAAGAAUUUCAUACCGUCCAUUACGGAACAAUAACUUCAGAUGUAAGUUAUAUCAAGAUCUCAAGUCAGGCACUUAAUGCUAUUCUUUCUUUCUUUUUUGAUCCCAGAUCUUUCACAAGAACAAAUAUUUAAAGGACUUUUUUAGGGUUGUUGCCACCAGCAAAGAUAGAAAUGGAGUCGAAUUUAUUACAAAUAUGGAAGGUAUCCGUGCUGUGAUUAGUGUAAACUGGUUUUAAAAACCUUGAUCAAUUUCAUACCAUCAAUAUUAAAAGAAGGACAAGUGUGACUAAGUGCGGCAAGCGUCCUAGGCGACUUGUUGCAGGAGUACUUUCAAGAAGCCUUUCAAGGAAAACUUUAACAAGAAACUAGACAUAAACUCUAACCUUCUUUAUCAUAUGAAUGUUCUAAUUUCCUUGAACAUGUCUAUCUCUUUGACCUGUACUGUGUGACCCAACGUAUUCUGAAGGACAGACCGCUUUAUAACAAAAUUCUAACAAUAAGGCCAAUGAAGACAACUGUCUCGUUUUUUUUUUUUUUUUCUCUGACAGUGAUACUUUUUCGAGCUAAAAUAGUAAGCAAGACACUUAUGUUAUAGAUGACUACAGAAACACCUAGAAAUAGAGUAAAAAUUGUGAAAGGCAUGUGACAUGGCUAACAUCAAAGCUGACUCUUGGCAGGCAAGCGGUAUCCAGUUUUCCUCUUUCACUGGCAUCCUGCGAAGGCACAGUUUGAAUGGCGAAGAGAUUUGGACAUCAAGCAUACUUUUGAUAAUAUCCUUGUAGGGCAAUACUUUGCAAACUUCUUUAUGAGACAAGGUAAAUGAAAGAAACUGUAUAUUUUUGGUCUUUUCUAUUGUGUGUUAAGAUAGUCUUACAGGCAUAAUUCCUCUGAUAGAGGUUAAGCUAAAGAACAGGUUUAUGCCGCUAAUACGGUAGGUAUGGAUUCCCCGCCCAUAUAUAUCCACACAAAAGCCAUGCGAGUAUCAGCGACGCUCGAACUACACUGACGUGUAAUGGAACCUCUAUCCUAAGAACGAAUGGCGAAUACGUAGAGCGCAUCAAGGCCCAGUCCAUACAGUCCAUAUACAGCUGAUUCAACAAAGGUUGCUUUGGGCAUUGGAAUUGCGCAUUGGGAAGCUAUGGUUUGGUACCCUGGUCCCAGAGGUUUUUCUUGAUUUUUCUUCGCGAAAGAGAUCAACAGCAAGCCGCGAAGCGGCGACAAGGAGAGAGAGAAAAACCUCUGGUUACCUUGGCCUCGAAUCUCACUUUCAUGCAGGAAACAGGGUCAGGAUCUGACCCUCGGGCGUUGAUUGGUUGAUAGUUUUCAAACACGCAAAUCAAUUUGAUUGGCUCGUUUAAUUGUAACUACCGAGGGGACGCUGAGGAUUUUCACACCUCAUUUUGCCUCUCUCUACUAGGGAAGAAAAUUGUUUGUAUGCUGCACUUGCAAUAACAUUUGCACCGGACCAAGGCACGUAAAGGCACGUAAAGGCACGCCAUAUUUCGAGAUUUUGACAUGGAUGUUGUUCCUGAAAGAAUAUUCGAAGAAAUUUUGACCUCGGUACUUAAUGAGUGCUUUCCUGAGUCUCACUGAACAACAAAAGAAAGCUUUGUUUGCUGCGUUGAGUUGAAAGGAUGUGUUCACCAUUUUAUCAAGCGGACAUGGAAAGUAUAUUUUCUGUUACAAUACUGUCAUUCCAUUAAAUAAACUAACUUGUUUAGGGCAGCAAAAUAAAAAAUCUCCGCAUACGGAAUGAAAGUUUCCUUCUAGGAAAAAAAACAUACAACUUUGUACAAGCACGUAAUCAUUUUCGGUGCAGCUUGAUUUUCCUGCGACGCCCAAAAAAGAUCUAACCAACGUUAUUUUUGGCAUAGACCUCUUCGGCUAACUCAAUGUUGUACCCAAUUCAAAUCUCCCGGGGAUAAGAUUCUUUGUGUAUUGCAUUUGCAUUAUAAUGUGGCAUUCACAUUUAAAUGAUAUGGAAAUUCCUGAAACAAAACGUUUUAUUCCCAAAGGGUUUGAAUUGGGUACAACAUUGAGUUAGCCGAAUAGGUCUAUUGGGUCAACAAAAACCUCUGAAAGUACAUUCCAAACAUUAAGGGUUUGUUGUGCUGCAUGACUCUUCCUAGCGUCGUUGUUCCACAAAAAAAGGAAAUGGAGCCUCCAAACCAAAAUGCGAGCCAGAUUGCCAGAAUACAUAUUAAUAUUACUAUUUUGAAGGGAAUGCCCGCAAAUCGAUGCGAACGGCGCGCCCCGCAGAAGUAAACAAUGCAAUAAGCGCGAUUGAUAGACUCUUGCAAACUUUACAACUUCCCGCUGGCACACUGACGACAGAACAGAUGACAAUGUUUGUGAAAAAUCCUUGUUAUUAUACCCAAAAAAGUUGAUUUUAGAUCGGCCACUUACUUUUACAUAAAUUCUGCAAAUCCUGCAGCAGUCGUUUGGAACAAUGUGGGUUUCUAUAUAAAGUGGUCUUCUCAUUCCUGGACUCUUGUCGCCCAUCGUUAACACAUGCUUUAGCUUGACCCCGAUUAACAAAUCACUCUUUACCACCCAAGUGGAGAUGGUUUGUUCAUAACAUAAUUCCCCCAGGUCUACCCCCACUUAAAAAAAUAGCAGCUGAUAAGCACGUGUUUGCUAAGUUGCCAUUGGUCACUCCUUUUAUUAGCAAUUUGACGCGUUUGACAGCUGUCGUCUGCAUGAAAGUGAGAUUCGAGGCCAAGGUAACCAGAGGUUUUUCUCUCUCUCCUCGUCGCUUUGAUCUCUUUCGCGAAGAAAAAUCAAGAAAAACCUCUGGGACCAGGGUAAUGGUUUGGUGGUCACUCAAGUAAAUCAUUGUAUUGUUCCAUAUGGUCAAAUGCCCAAUGCACAAUAGACCUCUUUAGCUUGUAUUCAUUGUUUUCCCAAUAGAGGUCCUCGGGUAACUUGGCCCUUUGUCUUUUCAUGAAUUAUGCGUACACAUGCACGUGAAUAAGACAAAAUUUGAAAGAAAAAGUUCUCUAGAGUAUUAUCACAUGACCUGUAUCGAGAAAACAAAACUUACAAGCUAACGAGGUCUAUUACCAAUGACCAACUACCAAAGCAACCUUUUUUGAUUUAGCUGUAUACUGAACACAUGUGAACAAUACAAAAGAUGUUUUGGGUGCAUGACGGGAAGAUAGUGGGGGGUGUCACGCACUAUUACCAUGCACACAUAGAUAUACGCUAGUGUUAUUCCAUUUCAAUACACGUUUCUUGAAAACUACCAGUGGCCCUGUUUAGUCGAAUGACCUGAAACUCCAGCUAACCAUCCUAACACUAACAUGUAUUUUAUCCACAGCAAGACGGAGCAGUCAUCAUUUCUCAAAUAUCAACGAUGAAAGAGCUGCCCUCAUUUACAACUACCAAACAACUUAUGUUGAGGACUACCUGCCUGUGAUUCAAGCCUACUUCUUUUAG